UUUACUUUCAUGAAGUGUAAACAAUAUGGCGGACAGGUUUGGUUUCUUACUCUGCCUCAACAAAUCGUGAUUGAAAAUAGUUUUUAUGCUGACUUUGGCUGCGUUGAAAGCGUCUCAAAUCGACAUUUAUGGUCACGGAUAACCAAAAUGGCGUCAUGCAUGACUGAAUUUUGUUUGUGGUCUUUGAAAAACCAGUAUGCAAUUCCAGAUGAUGUUAUUGGCUGCCAUUCAUAUCAUGAGAAAGGAGAACAAGUGAGCUACUCUGAACAACCUUAUUAUGAUGAAAAGCAACAGUUUGUGGAAGGUAGGGGAGGAACAUGGACCCCGAGAAACAAACGACCUGAACGGCUGAGAGACUCGAUAAAGGAGCUAGAAGAACUGUUAGCACUAAACACAUGCGUUCACAUCCGAUGGAGGAACAGACAAGUUUUACAAUUAGUGCUCAGCAAUGGAAGCAUAACUACUUUCCUCUUGAGCGGCCACUCUGGGGAUGUUGAGAGAAUCUUUAUUGACAAGUCGCUGGUGGGGAAGCUCAGUGGAGAGGCCAUUUGUGAUGCUUGCCUCACUGAUCAGUUUUUCAUGGCUUCGCAUUCCCAUUCCAACCGUGUAGACUUUGCAUAUUUCACAAAACGCCCACCUCUCAGUGAAGCUGCAAAGCGUCUAGAGAAGCUGUCUGCUUGGGAACCCAAGAUCUCACAAUUAGACAUCCCGGGACCUAAAGGCAGAAGGCUAGACAGGAAAAUGUCCCUGAAUACAUCACAAGACAUGCUGCUGAUAUGGUGGUCAGUGGAGAGCGGGGAGGCCUGGCCCUGGAGUCCUAUCUCAAGUGACAAGGAUAGAGCAAACAUUGUCAUCAUUUCCUUAAAUGGCCCCAUGGCUUACGUUAUGACUUACUUGAAAACUGAUUGUGAUCCAUUGCAUUCUCAGUUCAGUCUUUUGCAGCCUCACAGGAUUUUUUCUGUUGAGCAGCAGACCAAAGGACAUGGAGAAGUGAAAGCAAGAAUGUGCACAUAUGAAAUAAUCAGAGGAAAGAUUCAGACAGCAUCUGUUGUGACUGUUCCCCUGAAAAACACCAUUGUGUGCCAAGGCAGGAACCCUCAGGAGGACAAACUUCUCAUCGGAUUGUCUGAUGGCUCAUUGGUCAUGUACGAUGACUAUCGCAAGAUGACUCUCUACACACGAGCAGCUGUGCUUCCUUCCUGUAUAGCGUGGCAUCCCCAUGGAAAUCUUGUGAUUGUUGCAAGUGCAAGAGCUGAUAUACAGAUAUUUGACCGUGCUCUGAGUCCUGUAAAGAUUCAGCUGGUCGCAGAGGAGCCUUCACCAGAGAAAUUUCUGAGAAUCAGCAAGUUUUUCAGAACUUCUGUCACCUUGAAUGAACUUGACUGGUGUCCAUUUGGAUCUCACUCGUCAGAACUUAUGACCACCAACACAGAUGCAGUGUUCCUGUCUUUUAACAAGGGUCCUGCAGCAUUGUUACAAUUCCACCUGGGUGUACGCACGAAGGACAGGUUUUCCUGUUUGGAGUUGGUCAAGGAGUACAUCAGGCACCGUCAAGUAGAUGAGGCUGUGGGAUUAUUGUGUAGUAUGAAAUGGGAUACUGAAGGUCCGGCCUGUUAUGCUUGCUUGUCCACCAUUGUCAAUCAUUUACUGAGAAUGCCUUUGAAUGCAGAAAGAGAAGCCCAGUUGGAAGUAGCUUUAGCAACAUUUUAUGCUCCUAAACCGGCAAUUUCUGAAGCUACAAUUCUUGAAUACAGAGAGCCCGUGGGACUCUUAGCCAGGAGAUUCUUUCAUCUUCUCCUCAGGUACGUGCGGUUUGACAAAGCUUUUCUUCUGGCAGUGGACAUGGGAGCUCGUGACUUAUUUAUGGAUAUUCAUUAUAUGGCUGCAGAACGGGGAGAGACAGCGUUGGCUGAAGUAGCCAAGAGAAAGGCUGAGCAGAUAGAAACAGAGGGAUUUGACACAUUGGAUGAUGGUGAUGACGACUCAAAUUUCAUGAGUGCUGGCACUGUAGUCCGGAACACUUACCGGGAGAGGAUCUGUGAGGAGAACUUGAUCGAUGAAGUGCCAAUGCCAGGCCAGAUGACAUGGCAACAAGAGAGCUACUCUGUGGAAACUGAAGAGUCCAGGCGUCUAAGGGAGCUGUCAGAAGCCAGUAUUGAUGCACAUUUUGCCAAUGGAGGACUGUCUACUAUGAGUGAGCUCAACCUCCAAGAUGAACUCAUUAGUGACUAUACAGCUGCUCUCAUGGAGCCAAGUUUACCGGGUGCACAAGGUGGAGCAGCAGCUGCAGAUAGGAAUGGAGCCAAAAGAGAGGAUGAAGAUGAUGGAGGAGGGACUGGUGGAGGCAAUGUGAAAGUCAUUCAUUUUGGCAUUGUCUGAGUGUCUCUUACUAUCUCAGGCUGGAAGACAUUUAUUAUAGAACAAUUAGUCUUUCUCAUAUAUAUGCAGUUAAUUUCCAUGAAUUUUGGAAGUUGAGAUUUGUUGAGAUUAUGUGAAGUUUCAGGAGGAAAAAAGUGGUUUUAAUAAAGGAUGUUCCAGGUGCAAGAGAUAAUGGUACUCUUUAAACUUAAAAGCCAUUUUUGAUCACAAGCUUGGCAGUAUUCCCAAGAUUCUCAUGCUUACUGCUUAUAUAUAUUUGUCAGGGAGAACAAAGGUGUCCCUGGGAUGGGGACAGUAAUGUCUUUGUAAGAGAGACAACAUUUCAACCAAUGUCAAACUGAAGCAACACAAAUCGUCAACAAGCUGUUGAAAUGUUCCAAGGCCUGAUAGCAAAAUUUCUCAGGAGAGAGAAAAAACUGUUGAAUUAUUUUAACAAUUGUACCGUAAAUAUAUAUUUUUACUUGCUUUUUUCAACAUUUAGAAUUUGAAUUUUGACAAAAUAUUUGAGCACAUGCAUUGAUAUCUUUGCUCGCCAUGAUGAUAAACCCACCCAGGGGUCAUGUCAGUUCAUUUUAGAGUAGAGGGAGACCAUUUUACCAGUUGUGAGCCUUAACAUGGGUCACCAUAGAUUUUCCCCUGGGUUCAUCAGCUAAGAUCCUUGUUCGCCUAAGAUCCUGCAUUUCUUUGCUCCCAAGCACUGGGAUCUUAGGCGGAGACUAUUGCAUCACAUAUUACGAAACUACAAUAAUUCUUUUUUCUCCGAAUUUUAGGCUUAGUGCAUUUUGACAGCUGACGAAAGGUAUUAUUUUACAUAGCCAUAGAUCUGUGAGAAACUUUGCAUACACUGUUCGUUAUAUGCAUAUAUGAUACCAGAAGAGACGAAAAAGCUUGUUUGUGAAAGUAAACAUAAGUAAAAGAGAAUAACAUGUAAAAUUAAGCAAGCAAUUUUGCAUUAUUUAAUUUAAUCUCCACAAACUUGAGCUAAAAAGGGAAUGUUAUUUUACGGUGAGAAUGGGAAAGCUUUGUUUACAAAGAAAAACACAUCAAGGCUUGUCUGCACAAUGCAGGCCAGAAUCGUGUGGACCUAGAUCUAGUCUAGCAAUCACAUAACAAAAUGUGCUCAUAGUGAACCAACUUCCAGGUCCAAAUUUUUUUCUUAAACUGUAUUCUUUGUAGUUUUAAAACAUCUGCAUAGCGGAAUUCUUACAUUUAGAAAAGAUUUCCGUGUCCCACCGAUUUCACUAUGUUCACGCUGGUCUGUACUUUUCUUUAGAUAAAGUAACUGGGCUAGGCCUAGAUCUCACAACACCUGGUCCAGCAGAGAUAGCAGACUUUGAUGUUCAAAAUUGUUCCAAAAAAAUGUAAGUAGGAUAAAAAAAAAUCUUCUAAGACAAUAUCAUGUAACUGGCAAAAGUUUUCAAUGUCAGAUGAGCUACUGCUGUCGAAUUAAUAUUUCCUGACCUGUUGUGAGCUAAGACUAAAAAUGAGACCAAAAAGCCAAACUGGCUAGAGUUGCAGGGACUAUUAUUGGUAAUAUCAACUCUUCAGCUCUUCAGCAGUUGGAGUAGAAUUAUGUGAGUUGAUAAUGAUCCCUCAAGAUCAUUGAUUUGAUGCAAGAAGAAUAUAUGCUGUUACAAUUUCAACUGGCAUAGAAUCCUGUGACGUGUGUAUUUGACCUGAUAAUGAAUCUCCACACUCUACAGUGUGUACCUAUAAAAGGCUUGGUUAGUAGUGAGUGUUGAAAGGGAGGACAAGGCGACCGUUACAUUUUCCUUUGUACAAUAAUGUGUAUGCAGUGAUCUUCUGUAACAAUGACACAUUCCACUGCCAUAGUGAAAGUUGUUGCCUAUAUUGAAAACCUUCCGUUGAUAGGCAGCUUUGUCUUGUUAAUUUCAAGACAGUGUCCACUUGCAAUCAUUAAAUAUUAUUGUAUGAAUGCACAAUGUACCAUUUUCUUGUAUUGAACUGAAAGAGUGUAUAAUAUGAUUUUCACAUUUUAAUAAAGUCAAAGGAAAAAGUAGUA